AAAGCUGCCACGACUCCGAGCCGGAAAACGUUGCGUCCACCGUACGAUCUCGGCUCCAGCCAAACCCUCCUCAGCAACCGCACGUUUCAGGCUCUCAGCCGCCGCAUCCCAUCCGUACUCGCCGCCGCCGCCGCCUCGCCCGUCGGUUCAUAUCGAUUCCUGAGCCUCCCGCCGGCGAGCACCCAUGACGGAGGACCGCGCCCCCAAGGUCCCCGACGAGCCCGCCGCCGCCGCGGCCAAGCAGAGGAAGAAAAGGAAGUGGGAUCAGCCCGCGGAGGAUGUCGUCGCCGCGGCGGCGGCUGCUGCUGCUGUGGCGGGGUUGCCCGUGGUGAACAUCGGUGCCCUCUCCGGCGUGUCGAUCCCGGGAGCCGCCGGUCCGUUGGGGAAUAUAGUCGCUGUGCCCUAUACUUUGCCGGUGCAUCUGGCGCCUUCGGUGCUCCAGACCGCCGCGGCAGCGGUCCAGAAAUUGAGUCAGGCAAAAAUGCCUGAUGAGCUAAUAGCAAGAGAAAUUGUUAUAAAUGACGCCGAUCCGUCUGUGCGAUAUAAGCUUACGAAACGGCAAACUCAGGAGGAGAUUCAGAGAUGUACAAGCACUGUCAUCAUUACUAGGGGAAGAUACCAUCCACCAAAUGGACAAACUGAUGGUGAGAAGCCACUCUACUUGCAUAUAUCUGCUGGGUCUCAGCUAAAAGAUACUGCUGAGCGUAUCAAAGCAGUUGAUCGUGCGGCUUCAAUGAUUGAGGAAAUUUUAAAACAAGGCCCAAACCCAGAAGGCACUAUCCAGAGCAACGGACAGGCCGUUCAUCCUUUUAGUGCCUCAAUAUUUUUGGGUUUUCAUGCAGAUCCAUCACUUAACGUUGCAGCUUGGGUUCGUGGUCCAAAUGAUCAGUACAUAAAUCACAUCAUGAAUGAAACAGGGGUCACUGUUGUACUCAGAGGAAAAGGUUCAGGGACUCCGGUCAAUUGUCAUGCUGAAGCAUCACAACAACCUCUACACCUCUACAUCUCAAGUAUGCAUGUGAAGAACCUAGAAGCUGCAAAAGUUUUAGCAGAAAACCUUCUAGAUACUAUAGCAGCUGAAUUUGGUGCUUCCAGAAUUUCUUCUUCAAAAGUAUAUGGUGCUGUUCCACCUCCGCAGCAAUUAUUGGAUGGUGUACAAACGUCAGGAACAAUACCAGAUGUACACCCUACUUUAGGCCCUAAUGUGUUAACCGGAGCAUCACAUUCCUUUGCAUCUACUGGAGCUAAUGCUUCCUUAGUUGCUCCUUCAGUGACAUCUCAAUCUGGGGCCCCGUCUUAUUCUGUGGUUUCACCACCUAGUAACCUGAUAUGUCCUAGUCAACCAGCAAAUGGUGGGACAUUUUAUGGUGGCUAUGGGGGCAUUUAUCCCCAGGCAACUCCAUUGCAGCAGGUUGCAUUAACACUCAAGCAUGCUUCAUCAUCAUCAACCCAGGUUGUUUCAGCGACGUCUACAUCAACAAGCACUGUGGCAAUGGUGAACCCUUGUUCACACGCAGAAGCAGAUAAACGCUCACAAAGGAGGAAAUUCCAGGAAUUACCAGUUUCACAGGGCGCAACCACAGAAGUUCAGAACUCACAACAGAGGUCCAAAUUUGUUAAGACAGGUUUAGACGGUUUAGGUAACAUGACCAAUUCAUCGAUUGAACCUCCAAUUAAAGUUCAGCCUGGAUCAAAUGGGAUGCUUCUUCAAGAUCAACCGCAUGUUUCUGCACAUCCAUCUGCAUCCAAGAACAUGCUGCCGCCACCACCACCACCACCCAGGAACAUGCUACCCCCACCUCCCAAGAGCAUGCCUCCGCCACCACCUAAGUUUCCUUCAAAUGAGAUGUCAAGAAAUGAGGAUAGGUGUGCAGAUUUAAACAAGCCAAUGGCACCUCCGAAGAGCAUGCCACCCCCACCUCCCAAGAGCAUGCCUCCGCCACCGCCUAAGUUUCCUUCAAAUGAGAUGUCAAGAAAUGAGGAUAGGCGUUCAGAUUUAAACAAGCCAAUGGCACCUCCGAGAUCCUUGGACGUGAGUUCAGUCUCACCACCAAAUUUGUAUUCAGCACAAUUACCUUCAAAGGAGCCUAGAGUGGUCAAACCUGGUGGGGCAUCUGUUUCUGAUACUCUGCUGAAGCUUAUGGAUUAUGGAGAUGACGAUGAAGAGGACAACAUCGAUGAGACGAAUAGCGUGCUUGGAGGGAACCCAACUUCCAUUUCUGGGCAGAAACCGUUUUGGGCUGUGUGAAAAAUUAGUUUGUUCUGUACUCCAAUGCAAGUUGAGUGCAGGUAGAGAAUGUUGCCUGACCUGAUGCAUCAGCUCAAUGCCAUUACGCUAACAGUUCAUCGCUCAAUGUUCUCAGUGUGAGCUAUGUACAAUAUCCAGUUCCUUUUCUUUUGGGGUGGUUCAAAUGUCGACGUGAUGGUCAUUUUUCUUUUGACAUAUAAUCCUGUAGAAGCUAGUGUGAUCAGGCAGGGCAAGGGCACUUGUCUGCACGACAUUCAGAGUGCUGAUGAUGCUUAAGCCAAUUUUUGCUAGCUUCUCUUGGAUGCUGUAUGUUGCUGGUUUUGUUAGUUUGGUGACCUUGACUUGUAAGAUCAAUGCAACAAAACCAUGUGUUGAUACAUAAAUAAGAUCCCAUUUUGACUUCGCAA